CAGCAGAAGAGAAAGGCGGAAUCCCGUGGGAAGAGGAAGUGAGGGUUCAAAAAUGGUGAAGUUUCUUAAGCCUGGCAAGGCCGUGAUCGUCCUCAAUGGUCGCUUCGCAGGCCGGAAGGCGGUUAUCGUCCGAUCCUUUGACGAUGGCACGCGCGACCGCCCUUACGGCCACUGCCUCGUCGCUGGUCUCUCCAAGUACCCGAGGAAGGUCAUCCGUAAGGACUCAGCGAAGAAAACGGCGAAAAAGUCGAGGGUGAAGGCUUUCCUUAAGCUUGUCAACUACACCCACAUCAUGCCCACGCGAUACACGCUCGAUGUCGAUCUCAAGGACGUCGCCACCCUCGAUGCUCUCCAGUCUCGCGAUAAGAAGGUCACAGCCUGCAAGGAAACCAAGGCGCGGUUCGAGGAGCGAUUCAAGACGGGGAAGAAUCGGUGGUUCUUCACGAAGCUAAGGUUCUAGGUAAAUGGAAGAUACUUUAACGCUAGGUUUUCUAUUGGAGCAAUCUCCUGUUGUAAUUUCAAUUGUUAUUUUAUGUCGAAAUUAUGGAUUUGGUACUUAUUGCUACUUGUAGUUUUAAAUUUUUGCUGUGGUGAAUUCCUGAUCGUGCUGUGAGCCGUGCUUAUGUUCAUGAAUUCAGUACAUUGAAUAUUUAUUUAAUUUGUGCUUUGUUUUCA